AUGGCCUCGUACUUCACUCCUUUGCCGUUCUUGGAUGAAGACACCCUGCUGGAUCUGACAGGCAAAUGCUUCCUCGUAUCAAAGCCGCCACAAAGCAUCAAAGCUGCAGGAGAUGCAGAAGUCAUCUGGGAAGCGCUAAAUAAGAUCUACCCCGCGUGGUUUGACCAAUCCAUGCACCCGACGGAGUGUGAAUCUCCGCAGGCGGCGGUAGAGAACAUGCUCUACUACAUGAACGAAUUCUUGGAGAACAAGUUUCAAUCAGAUUUCGAUGUCCUUAAGGCACACAUCCCAGAGUUGCUGAACGGCAACUCCUCACUGGUGUUGAAGCUCUACGAAUUCAUCCUGCUCAUUUCGAUUCAGAGCGAAUGCCAAGAAGUCGUCGCCCGCUUCAUGCAGCUUAGCGAGACCUCGCAGACCGUCAUCCAACGCGUCAUUCAGUUUUAUGCGGACGAUGACGAUUCGAAGGCUUUCCCGGAGGUUGCUGCGCUGUCAAAGAGCUGGGGAUCUUCCGCGCAUCCCUCUGGGCAUGACGACGGCGAGGGAGAAAGAGGGGGGGGGGGGCCUCUGGCGCAGCGGCUGAACGCGCAAGUAGCGGCACUGAAGGAUCAACUGGCUGCAGCGAAGGCGCAACUGGCCGACAGCGAGACGCAGAGGGAAGCCCUUCUAGACAGGCUCAAGCGCACCGAGCAGGACAGAGAGCAGGAGAAGAACAAGCGCAUGACGCUAGAGAUUCAGCUUGAACGCAAGAAAGACAGUCUUGUGAAGGAGUUCGUGACUCAAGCCGACGAGCUUGAGAAGACGAUCACCAAGCUUAAGGCGGAGCUCGAAACAGAAAAGAAGGAAAAAAAGAAACUUGACGAAAAGCUGAAGCAGCGCGUCAACGAGCUGCAGGAUGAGCUCGAGAUGGCGAAGUCAGAGUCUCGCAGGGCCCAAGCACUGGAGGUGCAGGUGGAAACGUAUAAAAACAAACUGAAGGAAAUUCCGGAGCUCAAGGAGGCCGUCGCGAGGCUCGAGCAACAGAACAAGGCAAAUCUGGAGAAACUGAUUGACGCCAGUCCGGACCCUGGAGAAGCCACCGCUCUCAAAAAGUCGGUGGAGCUGUACAAGGAAAAAGCUGCGGAUAUCGAAGAGAAAUUGGUGGAGGCGCGAGCGCUUGGCGAGGCCUUGCAGACGCAAAAGAAAGAACUGGAAUCUAAAGUCAAGGCUGCAGAAAAGAAAGCGGAAGUUGCGCAGCUUACCUUGGUGCGAAAGGAGGCUGAAUUCGACGCGAAGACAUUCGAGAUCGAGGCUUUACAGCAGGAGCUCGAGAAGGCCAGAAAAAGUGCCGGGGAGGCGAAAGUCGUUAAUGCGGCCAAAUCCUCGGAAGAUAAGGAGGCUCUAGCAGCGCGUGUUGCAGAACUGCAGUUGCUUCAGAAGCAGCAAGAGAAGGAAGGAGACAAGGAGCAGCUCCAGCAGCAAAUCAAUGAGCUCAUAGCUAAAAAUGCGGAGCUGCAGAGCAGUGUCAAGGAUCUUACGGAGAGUAAGGAUCAGCUGACGAAACAAAUGAUGGAAGCGUUUGCAAAGAACGACUCGAGGGGGACGAGCGCAGCAGACGAGCUCAAGGUGCGUUUGGCUGCAGCAGAGGCUCAGGUGGCUGCCUCCAAGGAGCAGCAGCAGCUGCAGAUAGAUCUUGUGAAGGCGCAGCUCGAGAAGCAGACUGAGGGGGCACUGAAUGCUCUGAAAGAGCAGCUGCAAAUCCGUGACAGGGAGUCUAGCUUCUACAGGAAGGCCAUAGAGGACGGUGCGGAACAGAGCCGGAGAGAGCAGCGCUUGCUGGCGUCGGUGCUUUACGAGAUCGGCCUUCGCCAUCACCGAUUGCGUUGUUACUGUCAACAACUCAAGCAAGAACACGAGGCUCUAAUCCUCAGGCUGCAGGCGGGGGAAGGAAGGCGGAUCGAGGAUCCGACAGAAAAGCAGUCCCCUGAGGAGCCAGAGGAGGGGGGGCCUCCCUUCACGAACGAUAUUGGGCGCUCGAGCACAAAGAUGCAUACUCCUCCUGCUUCGGAAUAA